AUGGAAAGGAUGGGAGGGAAGUUCCUCGGAGGGCUGAAAUCGGUGGCUCCGGUGGCAUUGAACUUUCUCAUGGCGGCCGUGCUGGUCUCGGCUGAUCGGAGGCUGAAGCGGGAGGGGAUCGCCGGCGAGAUUAUCCAGGAGGCGGAGCCCGAUCAGCUUCUCCUCAAACUGGGGCGCUUCCUCUGGCAGCCGGAUGAUUCCUCCUACCAGCACGUCUGGCCGGUAAAUGUCUUCUUCUUCUCCUCCUCCAUUCGAUCUUCCUCGCAGCAUUCUUAAAAUCAUCGCCAUGCGCAUGCACUCGUACAGGAUAUGGAAUUCGGCUGGAAGAUUGUUGUGGGAUCGUUCAUCGGGUUCUUAGGAGCGGCGUUUGGCAGCGUCGGGGGCGUCGGCGGCGGAGGGAUUUACGUCCCCAUGCUCACUCUGAUCAUCGGCUUCGAUCCCAAAUCUUCAACAGCCAUUUCAAAAUGUGAGGAAUCUCUCUCUCUCUCACUCUCUCUCUCUUUCUGCGAGGUUUUGCCAUGAUUCGAGCUUUGAUGAUGGGAUCUGGCAACGCUCGGGCAGGUAUGAUCAUGGGUGCGGCAGGCUCGACAGUCUACUACAACCUCAAGCUGAGGCAUCCCACUCUGGACAUGCCCAUCAUCGACUACGACCUGGCACUGCUCUUCCAACCCAUGCUCAUGCUCGGCAUCAGCGUGGGAGUCGCGUUCAACGUGAUCUUUGCAGACUGGAUGGUCACAGUUCUUCUGAUCAUCCUCUUCCUAGGUAACCGCCAUUGCCGAUUUGACAGCCGAUUCCUUGGUCGAUCCCCUGAAACUCUCUGUGAUGAGCUCCAACUGGUUCGUUCAGGCACAUCCACCAAGGCCUUCCUCAAGGGCGUCGAGACCUGGAAGAAAGAAACCCUGGCGAAGAAGGUAAUGGCGGCCAGCUCCCCUCCCUCCUCCUCACCAGAUACAUUUCAAUUCCACCUGAACGCUCACUCCAAAUCUCUUUGCGGUUUUCAGGAAUCUGCAAAACGAGCUGAAGCAAACGGUGAGCGGCCUCCUCCUCCCUCUUCCUCCCCAUCUUCAUCAACUGAGAGAGAGAGAGAGAGAGAGAGAGAGAGAGAGAGAGAGAAAGAGAGAGUAUUAUGUCUCUGGUUCCUCAAAUUUUCUCGGGUUUCAACAGGAAAAGGGAAUGAUGAAGUCGAGUACAAAGCCCUUCCAAGCGGGCCGGCAAACGGCACCGGGGGGGAGGUGAAGGCAGUGAGAGACGAGGUCAACGAGCACGACUCAGCUCUCUCUCCAGUUUCAUCCACUUCCUUUCUGAUCUGCUGAAGCUCAACCUUUUGACCUUCACCCGCAGGUCUCGAUUAUAGAGAACGUCUGCUGGAGAGAGCUGGGCCUUCUGGUCCUCGUCUGGUUCUCCUUCCUCGGCCUGCAGAUUGCGAAGGUGAGCCGGCCGCCAUCUCUGCCCGCACUCUUUGUCAGAGCUCACUGGUUCGCCAUCAAUGACGGAGAUUCUGACCGAAAUCGCAGAACUAUACUGGAACCUGUUCGACCAUGUACUGGACUCUGAACUUCCUCCAGGUACCCUGAUCGUUUAUCUUCUCCUGUGCGAAGAAGAUUACUCUGUUUCUGGGCAUCUUUGAUCUGAUAUGAAUCAUUCGGAUUGUUCAAUCUGAUCUCCUGCAGAUCCCCGUUUCCAUGGGGGUGACGGUCUACCAGAGCUACAGCCUGUACACAGGAAGGAGGGUGAUCGCGUCCAAGGGGGACAAAGGGACCAACUGGAGGGUCCGGCAGCUGUUCUUCUACUGCUUCUGCGGGGUUCUCGCCGGAGUCGUCGGGGGCCUUCUGGGUCUCGGCGGCGGCUUCAUUCUGGGCCCACUAUUCUUGGAGCUGGGGAUUCCUCCCCAGGUAGCUUUCUGCUCCUGAGAAGUCAACCCCUCUUCGUAUUCUGGUUCGUCCGGAGUCAUCGUCUGAUCUCCUCCACGUCCAGGUAUCGAGCGCCACCGCCACCUUCGCCAUGACCUUCUCCUCGUCCAUGUCGGUGGUGGAGUACCACCUCCUCAGGCGAUUCCCGGUGCCGUACGGUAAGCUUCGCCCUCGCCCAGAUGCUGAUCCUGUGGAAUCAUAGUUGCCGCUGACCUCGAUCGGUAGCUGACUUAUGUGCGGAGUCUGCUUUCGGUUGACCCUCGUUUUGCCGGCGUUCAGCUCUCUACUUCACCGGUGUGGCGACGGCGGCCGCUCUCGUCGGUCAACACGUUGUGAGGAAGCUCAUCAUAAUCCUGGGCAGAGCGUCGCUCAUCAUCUUCAUCCUCGCCUUCACCAUCUUCGUCAGCGCCAUCUCUCUGGGUCUCUCUCUCUCUCUCUCUCUCUCUCUCUCUCUCUCCCUCUCUCUCUCUCUCUACCUCUUGCUAAUGGGUGUUCCGAUGGGCAGGCGGAGUGGGGAUUUCCAACAUGGUGAAGAAGAUUGCGGACGAGGAGUACAUGGGAUUCGAGAACCUCUGCAAAUACGAAGUCUGA